AUUCUAUUUGGCUGCUACUUUGAAAUACAAGCCCUAAAGAUGCCACCUUGUUUGGACUUAGAGGAUGACCUGGAUAAGUGAUAAAAAUUAAGACAUUUUGGUUUUCUUAUUGUUCACUUUGCAUAUACUUCUGGAAUAAUACACCAUGGUUUUGGAUGACCUUCCAAACUUUGAAGACAUCUAUACUUCCCUGUGUUCAUCAACAAUGGAAGACUCAGAGGUGGACUUUGACUCUGGACUAGAAGAUGAUGACACAAAAAGCGAUAGUUUUUUGGAGGAUUCCACAAUUUUUGUAGCCUUCAAAGGAAAUAUAGAUGAUAAAGACUUCAAAUGGAAACUGGAUGCAAUAUUAAAGAAUGUGCCUAACUUGUUACACAUGGAAUCCAGCAAGCUAAAGGUGCAGAAAGUGGAGCCCUGGAACAGUGUGCGUGUCACAUUCAACAUCCCCCGGGAAGCGGCGGAGGGGUUAUGGAUCCUGGCUCAGAGCAACAACCAGCAGCUUCGGGAUCUGGGGAUUCUCUCCGUUCAGAUUGAAGGGGAAGGUGCUAUCAACCUGGCUUUGGGUCAGAACCGGAGCCAAGAUGUGAGAAUGAAUGGACACAUGGCAUCUGGAAAUUCUGUUAGGAUGGAGGCAGGAUUUCCCAUGGCAAGUGGUCCAGGAUUAAUAAGGAUGACGAGUCCUGCCACUGUUAUGAUGCCCCAGGGUGGGAACAUGUCAUCUUCCAUGAUGGCACCAGGCCCCAAUCCAGAACUGCAGCCCAGGACUCCUCGCCCUGCUUCUCAUUCAGAUGCAAUGGAUCCACUUCUCUCUGGACUCCAUAUACAGCAACAGAGUCAUCCCUCAGGAUCUUUACCUCCAGCACAUCACCCAAUGCAGCCUGUUCCUGUGAAUAGGCAAAUGAAUCCAGCUAAUUUUCCCCAGCUGCAGCAACAGCAGCAGCAACAGCAGCAGCAACAGCAGCAGCAGCAGCAGCAGCAGCAACAACAACAACAACAGCAGCAGCAGCAACAGUUGCAGACAAGACCUCCACAGAAACAUCAGCAGCAACAGCCACAGGGGAUUCGUCCACAGUUUACUGCUCCAACUCAGGUGCCUGUUCCUCCAGGCUGGAACCAGUUGCCUUCUGGAGCCCUACAGCCUCUGCCAGCCCAGGGCUCUUUGGGCACAAUGACUGCAAAUCAAGGGUGGAAGAAGGCUCCCUUGUGUAGCCCAAUGCAACAACAACUUCAGGCAAGACCUUCCUUAGCACCUUCUCACCCUCACCCUCCUUAUCGCUUUGGCAGCCAGUAAGCCUCACAAGCCCAUACAAACUUUCCUCAAAUGAGCAACCCAGGCCAGUUCACAGCUCCUCAGAUGAAGAGUUUGCAGGGAGGGCCCUCCAGGGUCCCAACCCCCCUGCAACAACCCCACCUCACCAACAAGUCUCCUGCCUCCUCACCCUCCUCCUUCCAGCAGGGAUACCCUGUAUCCUCCCCAACGGUUAACCAAACUCAACAGUAAAUGGGACCAAGGCCACCUCAAAAUAACCCACUUCCCCAGGGAUUUCAGCAGCCUUUCAGCUCUCCAGGUCGGAGUCCCAUGGUUCAACAGGGAAAUGUGCCACCUAACUUCAUGGUGAUGCAGCAUCAGCCACCAAAACAGGGGCCACAGAGUUUACACCCAGGCCUAGGAGGAAUGCCUAAACGCCUCCCACCUGGCUUCUCAGCAGGACAGGCCAAUCCGAACUUUAUGCAAGGUCAGGUGCCUUCCACUACAGCAACCACCCCUGGGAAUUCAGGAGCCCUUCAACUGCAAGCAAAUCAAAAUGUCCAGCAUGCAGGUGGUCAAGGAGCUGGUCCUCCUCAAAACCCGAUGUCUCACGGGCCACCAAACAUGAUGCAACCCAGCCUCAUGGGAAUUCAUGGCAACAUAAACAACCAGCAGGCUGGUAGCUCUGGAGUUCCUCAGGUGACCCUGGGCAACAUGCAAGGCCAGCCACAGCAGGGCCCACCAUCUCAGCUGAUGGGCAUGCACCAACAGAUUGUACCCUCUCAGGGCCAAAUGGUCCAGCAACAAGGAACUUUGAACCCUCAAAACUCUAUGAUCCUUUCAAGGGCCCAGCUUAUGCCACAGAGCCAGAUGAUGGUGAAUCCUCAGAACCAAAAUCUUGGGCCUUCACCCCAAAGGAUGACCCCACCCAAGCAGAUGCUUCCCCAGCAGGGCCAACAAAUGAUGGCACCACAUAACCAGAUGAUGGGGCCUCAGGGGCAAGUUUUGCUCCAGCAGAACCCAAUGAUAGAGCAAAUAAUGACCAAUCAGAUGCAGGGGAAUAAGCAGCAAUUUAACACUCAGAACCAAUCCAAUGUCAUGCCGGGACCAGCACAGAUAAUGAGGGGACCAACUCCGAACAUGCAAGGAAACAUGGUGCAAUUUACAGGACAGAUGUCAGGACAGAUGCUGCCUCAGCAAGGGCCUGUAAACAACAGUCCAUCUCAGGUUAUGGGGAUUCAGAGGCAGGUUCUGCGGCCACCAGGGCCCAGCCUACAUAUGGCUCAGCAGCAUGGUGAUCCUGCUACUACAGCAAACAGUGAUUAUGUCAACUUGUCUCAGAUGAUGCCUGAUGUUAGCAUGCAACAAGCCAACAUGGUUGCCCCACAUGUACAGACCAUGCAGGGAAACAGUGCUUCAGGAAACCACUUCUCAGGCCAUGCGAUGUCUUUCAAUGCACCAUUCAGUGGUACACCCAAUGGAAACCAGAUGUCUUGUGGUCAAAAUCCAGGCUUCCCAGUCAAUAAGGAUGUAACAUUAACAAGCCCAUUGUUGGUCAACUUAUUGCAAAGUGACAUUUCUGCAGGCCAUUUUGGUGUAAACAAUAAACAAAAUAAUACCAAUGAAAAUAAACCGAAGAAGAAGCCACCUGGGAAAAAGAAAAACUGUCAGCAAGAUCUAAACACCCCAGAUAAUCGUACAGCUGGUCUAGAGGAGGCUGACCAACAGUCAUUACCUGGAGAACAAGGAAUCAACUUGGACAACACAGGCUCUAAACUGCCAGAAUUUUCAAACCGGCCACCAGCCCCUUCACAGACUUUAGUCCCAAAGGAGAUUGCAGCCACAGCACUGCAGGGGCCUGUUGCCAGACCAGAACUUGAGGCAAAUGCUGCCAUAGUCUCUGGACAAAGCAGUGAGCCAAAAGAGAUAGCUGAGAAGUCCAAAACCCCAAGCCGAAGAAACUCUCGAACUGAGGAGCCAACAGUGGCUUCUGAGAGUGUGGAAAAUGGACAUUGAAAAUGAUCCUCUCGGCCUGCUUCAGCCUCCAGCUCUACAAAAGAUAUAACUGGUGCAGUGCAAUCCAAGCGAAGAAAAUCCAAGUAA